UUAGAACAUGACUGGGAUUGUGACAGUCUGAACCGGUGGGUUUUCGUUCGGUCACUUCGCCAUGGGUCAGGUCUAAUAACAAAUCCAGCCAGUUGGCCCAGUGAUACAGACAGUAGCCUAGUUUUAUCAGUAGCAUGAUGGACAGGCAGAGCCCUGAUAAGACAGAGGGAGGAGGAGAGCGUGAGACCAAUGGAACUGCUGCUACUGUCACUGUCACCUCUAACACCAAAGCAAUUACAGCGGUUGCCAACAACAACGCCAUGACGACAACAGCCAGCACCACGCCCCCACGCAGUCAGGCCCCUCCCACCUCUCUGGGCACCGCCCCUAUAGAGAGCCAGGCGGUUCAGCCCAUCCACAGCAGGUCCCAGACCAUGGCAGCUCAGUACCUGCAGCAGAUGUACGCGGCCCAGCAGCAACACAUCAUCCUGCAGACAGCUGCGCUGCAGCAGCAACAGCCACCCAGUAACAGGCAGUCCCCUUCCUUACCCCCUGCUGCCAACACCACGGUGCCCCAGUCAACUGGUACCUCUAUCACCCUCCCAGCCUCUCCAGUAACAGGCCAGCUGAUUGGUUGUUCUCAGAGUUCCAGCUCCACCACAGGCACGAUUACCCAGCAGGCCAUGCUCCUGGGGAAUUGCUCUGCUUCCUGUAACCAAGCCCAGAUGUACCUUCGCACCCAGAUGUUGAUUCUGACCCCUGCGGUCACGGUGGCAGCAGUUCAGUCUGACCUCCCUUCUGUCUGCUGCAGCUCCUCUCAACUCUCCGCUUCACAGGUCCACAGCCUCGCUGUGCAGGCCCAUCUCCCAGGGGCUUUGGCCACUGCCCAGAGUGUCCUGUUGAAGCCGUUCUCCACCCAGCCCCAGACGUUGGUCUCCUCUCUGCCCAAGAUGUCCAUCUGUCCCCUGAGGUCCAGUCAGCAGUAUGACCCCUCCACAGAAACCUCUGGAGCUGAGCCUCGACUGGCUGACGUCACCAGGCUAACAUCAGCAAACCAGCUUAUCGCGCCAGCGUCGUACACUCCUGUCCAAUCCCAUGCUGUGGUUAGGCACCAGCUGCACUGUCCUCCGAGCCAUAAGGGGGCACCCCACCAGCACCAACACCAGCUCAUCAUCCAGCAGACCAUAGCAGGAUCCCACCGGCAGCUGCACCCUAUCGCCCUGCGCCUUGCACCCCAAGACACUUCCCCCUCUCUCUUCCCACUUACCCUCCAGCCCCUGGCCACUCCCACCCACACCACCACCACUGUCCAAUCCCAACCUGGGGAUGGCCUUCCAGUCCUCUCCUCUUCCUGUGAGCCGCCCACCCCUCCCCCUACCCAGCAGACAGUGGUAGUAUCCUCAUCAUCAGCCCCUCCACCUCUUCUGUGUCCCAGCCUGCUCCAGCCCCAGCCCCAGCUCCACCGCCAGCCCCAGCUCCAGCCCCCCACCCUGCGUCUUGGCCCCAUCUCCCAGGCCUCUCUCCCCAGGCUGCUCCAGUCUCCACCGGCCUCCCUCCAGAGGUUGUCCCUGCGCACAGUCCAAGCCCUGGCAGUGCAGUCCACUGGGGUUCUGGUGUCGGAAGAGCUGCCUGUGGCAGAGGCGCUGGUCCAGAUGCCUUUCCAGAACCAUCACCCUCCACAAACUUUCCAGAAUCUAUCACAGACGUUCCAGAACCCUCCCCAGACGUUCCAUAAUCUCUCCCCGCCCCAGACUGUAGCUGUGGACCUGAAGGUGAAGCCAGCCACACUACGCACCCAGAACCCAGAGGAGAGGACAGAGGAGAUGAGAGAGGAGAUGAGAGAGGAGAGGACGACCCCUCCACCCACACUCUCUCCAUCGGCUGGUUCAGACAGACUCUGUAAAGACAUACAGCCCGCCCAUACAGAGAACUGCACAGGCAGGUUGGAUUUCCCCUGCGUCCCUCCGUCCAGCCGCUCCGUUAUCCACUCGUCCCAAGACUCCUCCUCUUACACCAGCUGCUCCCCCCCUCCCCUCCUGCCCUCGGCCGCGGUAAGAAGCCCCGGCCAAUCCCCCUCAGCCUCAGCCACCCUACCAGGGAGCCCUGAGAGAGCUAGACCUCUCAUCCUCACUCACAUCAUAGAGGGGUUCGUCGUCAGAGAGGCCCUGCAGCCGUUCCUCCCGGUACCGUUCCCGGUAUCGUUCAUCCCGAUGGGCCGUUCCUCUUUGGGGGCGGACCAGCAGGCCACGCUUCCUGAAGCCCGGGAGGUGAGAACCAAUGGGGAUCCAACGCCUGAGAUGAGAUCCAAUAAGGAUUCGGCUCCUGAAAUGAGAACCAAUGGGGAUCGAGUGUCUGAGAUGAGAACCAAUGGGGGUCUAGGGCCAGAGGAGAGCCUGAUGGAUGCUGAGCAGCCAGACAAUGACUCAGACAUGGAUGAUACCCCUACCCAGGACGAGCCUACUGCUGAGAGCCUGGUAGAUGUGCUGCAGUGUGAGUUCUGUGGGAAGAGAGGCUACGUUCACACCUUCCUCCGAUCCAAACGAUUCUGCUCCAUGACCUGUGUCAGGAGGUUCAAUGUGAGCUGUACGAAGCGUCUGAGCGUGUUGAAGGUGGACAAGGCCAGUCGUUGGGGCCACAGGCCGAUGGGCCGAAGAGGACGACCCCCAGGGAGGGUCAACGGGGGCACCAGAGAACACUUCCUCCUCAGACAGGUGCAGGGGCCCUACGGCUCUGAGGAGACACAGAGAACAUUGAGGGGAGAAGGGGAAGAGGAAGAUGAGCCCCCUGUCCCCAUGAUCACCAGGCUGCGCCGGCAGGAAGAGAGGGAGAGAGAGAGGGAGCAGGGAAGACAGAGAAAAGAUACGUUCAUAUCCUCUGGUGAACAGACCGCAGGAGGAAGACAAGAAUGUAGUGACAAUCCAACACAGUGGAGCGUGGAACAAGUCUGCUCCUACAUCAACUCUCUACCAGGUGGGCGGGACAUAUCAGAGGAGUUCCGUUCCCACGAGAUUGACGGCCAGGCCCUCCUAUUGCUGACAGAGGAUCACCUGAUGACAGCCAUGAACAUCAAACUAGGACCCGCCCUCAAACUCUGUGCCCACAUCAACUCUCUGAAGGAACCAUGAACACAGGACAGGGCCCAUCUGGUCAAAGGUAGUGCACUAUAUAGGAGAUACGGUGCCAUUUGGGAUGCGAACGAGAGGAGCACCCUUAUCAGACUUAGAGGAUAUGGGAUUCUAGGAAGAAAUAACACACACACACACACAUACACUUGCUCUCUGCCUUUUAACUCUGUGAGAAGCAGCGAGUUGUAAACUGUUCAUCUGUGUGCCAGUCAUCAUUCAACACAUUAACAACCGUGUAUCACUGUAGUGAUUGUAGCAAUAAGGCUCAAGGUGGCCUUCUUUCUGUGUGUUACAUUGUAAGUACUGUACAUGCUGUUUAAACAUACAAAGGUUUAAAGAAUUGUAUUUAAAUGUUUUCAAAAUGUUACUCUCUGAAGACUGUUUUCCAAGCCUGAGAGGAGUUGGGAUUUAACGGCUCAAGGUGUGUCCCCCAAAUGCCACCCUAUUCCUUUUAUAGUGCACCACUUUUGACCAGGACCCAUAAGGCUCUGGUCAAAAGGAGUGGACUAUAUAGGGAAUAGGGUGCCAUUUGGGAUGUAUCCAGAUUGACUUAAAUUGCAUAUGAGGAAAUCCACUUCCAACCCCUGUAGCAUAGCAACUGCAUAGCAACCAGGAAUUGCCUUGUGAAUUCCAAGGUUGAUGAGACAUUAGAUCAAGUAACAUGUUUAUUAUUGCUAUAAUAAAUACACUGAACAAAAAUAUAAACGCAACAGUGUUGGUCUAAUGUUUCAUGAGCUGAAAUAAAAGA